CGCUUGUCGCUGUCCCUGCUAGACAGGAAGAAGGAGGGAGGUGGCAUCUUAUUCUUUGGGGAAGUAAACAAACCGCUGUUAAGGGACCGAGAGACAAUGGGUGCCGUGUUGGGGCUGUGUUCUGUCGCCAGCUGGAUUCCCUGCCUCUGCAGCAGCGCGACAUGCAUAUUAUGCCGGUGCUGCCCGAACACCAACAAUUCCACGGUGACCCGUCUCAUUUACGCUUUUCUCAUGCUACUCGGGACAGUCCUUUCUUGUAUAUUAUUAACCCCGGGAAUAUCUGAUCAGCUGAAGAAGGUGCCGGGGUUUUGUGAAGGAGGCCUUGGUCCCCACAUCAGCCUUGUUAAUGCCGACUGUAACGUGUUGGUGGGCUAUAAAGCCGUGUACCGGGUCAGCUUUUCCAUGAGUAUGUUCUUCCUGGCCUUUGCCCUGCUUAUGUUAGGAGUCAAAACCAGCAAAGAUCCGAGAGCAGCUAUUCACAACGGGUUCUGGUUCUUCAAAGUUCUGGCUAUCGUAGGCAUCAUGGUAGGAGCUUUCUACAUCCCCGAAGGUUCCUUCACUAGCGUGUGGUUUUGGGUUGGCACCUCUGGAGCCUUUUCGUUCAUCCUUAUCCAGUUGCUUCUGCUGAUCGACCUUGCUCACUCAAUAAAUGAGUCUUGGGUCGACCGCAUGGAGGAAGGGAACUCAAAGUGCUGGUAUGCAGUGUUGCUUUCUACUACAAGCUUAUGCUACACAUCGGCCGUAGUCUUUGUCGGGCUUCUGUACGCAUACUACACACGAUCAGAUGGCUGCGUUGAGAAUAAAUGCUUCAUCAGCUUCAAUCUGAUCCUCUGCGUGAUCAUCUCUGUGAUUUCAAUUCUCCCUAAAGUCCAGGAACAUCAACCACGAUCUGGUCUUCUCCAGUCUUCUAUUAUAACCCUCUAUACCGUCUAUCUUACUUGGUCUGCAAUGUCAAAUGAGCCUGACCGAAGUUGUAACCCAAGCUUGAUGGACAUCCUCUUCCAGAAAACACCCGCUAAUGGAACUGGACUGUUGCCCACGCCGGAGGCGCCAAAAUCCUUGCAGUGGUGGGAUGCUCAGAGUAUCAUUGGCCUUGCCCUGUUUGUACUCUGUCUGCUUUAUUCCAGUAUCCGGAACUCCGCCAACAGCCAAGUGAACAAACUCACUCUCUCUGGCAACGACGCCAUUAUGCUGGAUGACACGACAGGAGGCGCCGGGGAUGCCGAGGAUGGUGAAGUCCGACGUGCCGUAGACAACGAAAAAGAUGCUGUCCAGUAUAGCUAUUCCUUUUUCCAUUUCAUGUUGUGCCUCGCUUCCCUUUAUGUUAUGAUGACGCUCACUAACUGGUACAGCCCGGAAGCGGAUUUUAAGACCAUAACUAGCAAAUGGCCGGCCGUCUGGGUGAAAAUGGCUUCCAGCUGGGUCUGCAUAGCCCUGUAUGUUUGGACCUUGAUAGCGCCCAUCGUCCUUCCAAACCGAGAUUUCAACUGAACGUCUUAAGAAGGUUCCAAGCGAGUUCCGGACGGUGUUCCAGUUACUUCUUCCUAUGAGCGCUAACGCACACAAAUAAUUGCUACUGGUUUUGUUAAUGCUGUAUGAAUCAUUUCAUUUACCCUCCAAAGCUUUAUAGCAGAUAUAUUCAUGUAUUGCUGCUUUUUUUUUAUCUACCCCUGAUGAUCUGCUGAUUGUAUUGUUCUUUAAAAAAAAAAUCCUCUUAUUUUCUAUUUUAUUCUAGUAAUAUAUUGAUGUCAAAUUUUCUAUACAUUCUAUUUAAAGUUGCAGUAGUUUGUCGUAUUGGCUUACCGUUAAUAUAUAGUUGGCAUAUUUUUUGUUUUGUACACAAUUCUGCAAAUCUUUAAAUAUACAUUCUUAUGCUGUUCAGUAUUUGCUGAGAGUUUAAUGGAAUUAAGCAGACGGCUUCUGGGAUGAUAGGAAUUGUCGUCCUCUGCAGCCAGAGUGCCAGAUUGUGUUAUCUAUAUGGGCCGAAUCAUAUUUUGUAAUGCUGGUUACUGCAGCCUUGUUGGGUUCAGCCAUUAUCUUCAUAUCAUUUUAUAAUUUUAGGGUUUGUUAUCCUGCUGACUCCUCGAGUGGCCCCCGUGGUCGGUGUUUAAAGGCUACUGAAGAUGCUAAAAUGCAAUUGCUGCCUGGAUCUCAGAAAUUUAAAGGGAAUCCUUCACCAAAAACCAAAACUUUUAUACGAUCAAAUUAAACUUUAUUUGAAGUCAGACUUUGCAGUAGUUGCAUAUAACUACUGCCCCGUGAGUAGUAAUAUUGCAGGGCCAGAGAUGAAAACGGGCCCUGGCGGAUGAAUAAUAUAAGUACAGCCGCACGCUACGCACUUACAAUCUCACGCUUGAGCCAGACUUAUGGUUAAAGGUCCAAAAAUAUGUUUCUGGCUGAUGAAUUCCCUUUAAAGAAAACCAAAUUGUUAAAACUGUAAUACUCUGGAGGGGGGGGUUAAGCACUUAAAGGAUUUGCACUGUGCGUUAUAUACUGGCCUGCCUAAUGUACAAAUAAAAUAAACUUUACAUUUAAA